AUGGGCUCUCAUUACAUAUAUCCGUCACCCCUAGCAGGCUACGAAGACGCCCCACCACUACCGGACGAGAAGGCUGCAGAUGGCAAGUCAUAUGUCAACCCCUCGACAGGCGUCCUGAGUGAGAGUUAUAAGAAGUUCACGGAGCCGUUGGAUAAUGGUGUGAGGGGUGCUUUUGAUGUACACAUAUAUUACUUCCAGAAAAAUGAAAUGCAGAAGAAGUUCGCGGCUGAACUUUGGGAGAGGAUUCGACUCCCCGAACUCCGCAUCUACCGCCUCUGGGACACGCCCAUCGGCCCGCACCCAACGGCCAUGUUCGAAGUAAAUCUAUUCACGCCCGCGCAAUUCGGGGCGUUCAUACCCUGGCUCGUGAUCAACCGGGGUCCGCUCAGUGCAUUGGUGCAUCCGAAUACUGUUAACGCCGAGACGGGCGAGCAUGAUGAAGGGGAGAGGGAUCAUACGCAGAGGGCGGUGUGGAUGGGAGAGAGAAUGCCGUUGGAUUUGAGUUUGUUCAAGGAUGUGCAGGCGAUGAAGGCUCUUCGGGAGAGUAAGUUGAAGCAAAAGAACGGAGAAUAA